AUGGCUGAGAUUACUCGGGUUCAUGGCAAGCCUUGUCGACAUUCUACAGGAUUGUCACCUGCUUAUGAGACCCUUUCAAAGAUACCUCCUGUGCUAUUACAGACCGAGCGCAGACUCUCUGCUUCUCCGGAUCCUUUUAUCACGGGAGAUCCAUCUCAGCCUGGCCGCUUGGACGCAUACGUCCUUUGUAGCGAGGGGCAAACCCUUUCGCACUUCCCUCCCAUCAGCCGCUCUGACCACAGAUGCGUCGCUUACGGGAUGGGGCGGCCAUUGUGCGGGGGUGAUGGUCUCGCGGGUCUGGUUACCUCAACGCACCUAACCUCAUAUCAAUGUGUUGGAGAUGAGGGCUGUCAUCAACUCCCUUCAGCAUUUCCGACACAGGUUAGUCGAUCGAACGGUCUUGAUUCGCACAGACAACAAGUCAGUUGCAGCGUACAUCAAUCGCCAAGGCGGCACCCGAUCAAGCUCUCUCAACGCCCUAGCUGUGGAGCUCUGGGAGUGGUGCCACCGUGCGAAGAUCGUUCCAGUUGCCUCGUAUAUACCAGGCAGCGACAACCUGAUAGCCGAUUUUCUGUCCCGGGGUCGGUGCCUACCAUCCGAAUGGUCGCUCCACCCGGAGAUAUUCCAGUCUAUCCAAGCCCACUGGGGACCCCUGGAAAUAGACUUGUUUGCCACGGCUCUCAACCGGAAGUUGCCGACGUUCUGCUCUCGUGUCAACGAAACAGAAGCAACUUCCCUGGAUGCAUUCUCCAUUCAUUGGGGGGAUCGAAGGUGUUAUGCGUUUCCUCCGUUCCGCCUAAUACCGCAGGUAUUGAGGAAAGUGAAGGAAGAUCAAGCUUGGCUUCUUCUAGUGGCCCCCAAUUGGCCAAGGAGGUACUGGUUCCCACAACUCCUCGAACUGUUGGAGGGGGACCCGCUCACACUUCCUCUGAGAUCAGACAUAGUAUCUCAACCUCUGUCGGGGAUCACGCAUCCUCGGCCAGCGGUCCUCCACUUAACCGCAUGGCCGUUAUCGGGCAAGACGCGAAAGCUCUAGGCCUUUCUGAUCGUGCCUCUCAAUUGGUAAUUCAGAGUCACAGAAACUCGACUCUUGACCUUUACAAUUCUCGGCUGGGCCGAUUUUCAGAUUGGUGCACUGCGCGGUCUGUUGACCCUCGCAACGCCUCUCUUGCCGCGAUCGCGGAUUUCUUUGUUCACCUUUUCGACAUCGGUCGUUCGCUUUCCACCAUCAGGGGUUUCCGGUCGGCUAUUGCUGCGUUUCAUUCCGGAUUCCCAGAUGGCUCCAACGUCUCAAAUUCCAGUCUACUCUCUAGACUGAUGAGAGCGUUUUUCCUAAAGCGACCGCCGAAGAAAAGGCUGACUCCUUCCUGGAGUCUUCCGGCUGUGCUUAACACUCUGGCUAAGCCUCCGUUUGAGCCACUAGCAAAGAGCUCCUUGCAUGAUUUGUCUAUCAAGACUGCCUUCUUAAUCGCUGUAGCAUCUGGUCAAAGACGCAGCUCUAUUCACGCUUUGACUAUUUCCCCCGGUCACAUCAGGUGGGAAUGGCGUGGAGUCCGCUUGAUUCCCACACCGUCCUUUAUUGCCAAGAACCAGACUGCCACCUCUGGUUCGAUCGAGUUUUUUCUAGCUCCUCUAUCAGAUCUUUCCUCGGUUACCGAGGACAAAGUCUGGUGCCCGGUCAGGGCCUUGAAAUGGUACCUGGAUAGAACUAAGACGCUUCGCAACUCUGACCAGUUGUUUGUCACGUCGUGUGAGCCGUUUGCGGCAGCGUCACGAGACACCAUCUCCCGCUGGAUCGUUGAAGCGAUCAAAUCGGCUGGUGAUGAUGCUCUCCUUUCAGACACUAGGCCGAGAGCCCAUGACACUCGUAGUAUCGCUACUUCUUGGGCUCUCUUCAAUGGCGUCGCCUUGGACGACAUUCUAAGAGCCGCCUUUUGGCGCUCUUCCAAUUCUUUUACAUCCUUUUAUCUAAAGGACAUUCCUUCGGGAGAGGCCUUAUAUGCCUCCUCUGCUCUUAGGGCAGCGGCCCCUGUGUCUUAA